UUCCUCUUCUCACCUUGAUUUCUCUUAGUGUAAAGAGGACCUGUUCAAAAGAAAAAAUAACUGAUAUCAUUGAAUCCAAGAAAAAGCAAGCCUCCUGAAAGAGUUCCCCCUAGUGCUAUGCCUUUAUUAAGACUCAGUCUCUGAGUCUCUUCUUUCAGAUUAUUUAGAGAAAGACUCUGACUGACUCUUUUAGAGUCAAGUAUCUAUUUCUGAGUCAAUCAGAAAUGGAUACUUGGGGUGAUGUCACAUAGUGCACAGGGUUGCCUUGUGUCUUUUGAGGAAGUAAGUUCUCUAAGAGGAGGAUAUAGAUAAGAUUAUGUAAAUUGUCCUCCUAUGAGCUAUUAGGAAAAAAUGCUGUGAUAAUGUGAUUGGAAGCUGUUUUCAGAAACUCUUUCUAAUUUCAACUCUAAUUUGUGUGGUAAGACUCUAAGAAAUAAGUUUUGUGAGGAACACAAAAUCGUACAGCAUUUUCACUUAUCAUAAUCUCUUCCUGAUUCACCUUUAAUAACUGUGGUUACGGAGUGUUAAUCAAAUUUCAGGCCCUCAGGUGUGCUAGGGUAUAUGUUACUAAAGUGCUUCUAAUUUUCUUUAGUUGUUUGUGUAAUGUUCUAAAACUUGGCCGACACACAAAUGGGACAGACAGCAUUUGUAAAGAAAUAACUAAAUGUCAUUGUUUUAUGUACAGGCAGAAGGCUGUCCGGUAUUAUUCAUAAAUCUCUGGUUAUAUUUGGAACCUAUUGGGUCAUCAAAAAUGUUACUUUCAAAAGAUGCUGAUUUAGCUUUUGGCUAUUGAUUUCCAUCUUGAGUCAUAAUACAUUCUUCCCCCACACUGUAACCAUCAUAACAUUCCUGAUUAUGUAUCAUCUCCUUAGAUGACAGGAAUGAACAUACAAGGAGAGAGAAGAGAUUCUGACCACAGAAAAGGCAGAACAUGGGGUUGCUGGUGCAGACCUGUUUGAUGCAUCACAUCUUCUCUUUGCAUAAUUAAAGUCGUCACUGGCCAUGCUGGCUAGGCUACCACACCAGGGUGCUAACCCAUUCCUAACCAAGUCCUGCUUCAGGUCUUGUGCUCCGAGAAUCACUGUGUUCUCAUGCAGCGAAAGCCAUGCUAACUUCCUAGAAGUUUCUGUAAGGCUGGGGUGUUUAUAUCGGGCAAGGUAGGAAGUAAAGUAGGAGUUUUCACAAGGUAGCCAAGGAGGGGAGACAUGGCAGCUGAAGGUAAUGCAGCGCUACCUUUAGAUAGGAACACCUUCAUUUCAUUUAUUGGAAUAAUGCCUUUUCUUACAUCUUCUCCUUGCCCUAAUCAGACAAUGUGUACGUUGCUUCUCCUUGAUAACUUAAAUCAAGACAAAACAAAACAAAAACACAGCAACAAAACAGUGUAAAAAUGGUUGGGAAAGGAGAAGGUAGCGUUGAUCUUCACUAGUUCUGAAGCAGUUUGCCGGGAUAUUGUUCAUGGCUCUCUUCAUAUUUACUGUGCCUUUUGGUGAUCAGCUUUAACAUUCAUGCAAGAAUUUGCAGACAAAAACUAUGGGUGUUUUUUAAAGAAGGUGGGACAUUAAUUUUUGGAAAAAAUCAGUUCAGAAGUUACCUGCCUUGAUGAUGGAUAGAAAUAGAGAAUGUUAAUGUUGUGAGGAAUUUACUCCUAACUUCAUAUUCUACAGAUACAUUCCUAAUGUCAUGGUAAGGACAGAGAAUUAGUUGAAGAAUGACCUCCAGUGGCCUGGAAUGGGAUUAUUAUGAAUUUCCACCUGUGGAAACCAGUUCUUUAGAAUAUGCAACUCCAGGAGAAAAUUCCCUCUUGCUUCCGGCCAAUCCUGUCAACUCACACUGGAGCUCUAAUGCCAUCUCUGAUUGGUCAAUGAGCAACCACACGGCCCCCGCCUCAGAAAUAGUCCAGGACCCUGUGGCCAAGAUAAAAGCCACGAAGGAAGAAAAAAAUAAGAAAAACCAGAGAAGAAAGGCUAGGAAGAACCCUAGAAGAUCAGAGAGAGAAAAAGAGGGGGAUCAGACUGCCUUGCACCGGGCCACAGUGGUGGGGAAUACGGAUGUCAUCGCGGCACUCAUCCAGGAAGGCUGUGCUCUGGACCGCCAAGACAAGGACGGGAAUACAGCCCUACACGAAGCAUCCUGGCACGGUUUUAGCCAGUCAGCCAAACUGCUCGUUAAAGCAGGAGCCAACGUGCUUGCCAAGAACAAGGCAGGCGACACCUGUUUGCACGUUGCUGCACGCUAUAAUCACUUGUCCAUCAUUAAGCUCCUCCUCAGUGCUUUCUGUUCUGUCCAUGAAAAGAACCAGGCUGGAGACACAGCACUUCAUGUUGCUGCUGCCCUAAAUCACAAGAAGGUGGUUAAAAUCUUACUGGAAGCUGGAGCAGAUGGGACCAUUGUUAAUAAUGCAGGCCAGACUCCACUGGAGACUGCUCGCUACCACAAUAAUCCGGAAGUUGCUCUUCUCCUCACUAAAGCUCCCCAGGUCUUGCGCUUCAGUCGUGGGCGAAGCCUGAGGAAAAAGAGAGAGAGGCUCAAGGAAGAGAGGAGAGCUCAGUCUGUGCCAAGAGAUGAGGUGGCACAAAGCAAGGGUAGUGUCUCAGCAGGAGACACCCCCAGCAGCGAACAUGCUGUACCCAGAAAAGAAGAGGCCAGAGAAGAUUUCCUGUCUGCCUCCCCAGAGCCCAGAGCAAAGGACAAUCGGCAGAGAAAGUCAAGGCCCAAGGUGUCUGCGUUUUCUGACCCCACCCCACCAGCAGACCAGCAGCCUGGACACCAGAAGAGUGCGCAUGCCCAUAAUCAUCCUAGAAAGAGGCCCCGGCACCGAUGCUCCCCCCCACCCCCUCCCCAUGAGUUCAGAGCCUACCAGCUCUACACGCUGUACCGGGGCAAGGACGGGAAAGUGAUGCAGGCACCGAUCAAUGGUUGUCGAUGUGAACCCCUAAUCAACAAGCUGGAGAACCAGCUGGAGGCAGCUGUGGAGGAGAUCAGAGCAGAGCUGGGGUCCGUGCAGGAUAAAAUGAACACAAAGCUGGGACACAUGGAGGGCAAGACCCAGCACCAGAUGCGUGUUUUGGACAAGCUGAUGGUGGAGCGGCUCUCAGCGGAGAGAACCGAGUGCCUGAACCGCCUGCAGCAGCACUCCGACACCGAGAAGCACGAGGGAGAGAAACGACAGAUGUCACUGGUGGAUGAAUUAAAAACCUGGUGCAUGUUAAAGAUUCAGAAUCUGGAGCUGAAGCUUUCUGGGGAUUCUAGGGCCUCUAGGACCAAAUCCACACCAUCUACUUGCGAGUCCUCUACAGGUGUGGAUCAAUCAGUGGUCACUGCAGGUCCAGUAGCAGCUUCUGACAGUUCUCCUCAGGUGGUGAGGCCCAAGGAAAAGGCCUUCAACUCCACCGCUACCCACCGACUGCAGCAGGAGCUGUCUUCCUCAGACUGUACAGGCUCUCGACUGAGGAAUGUCAAGGUCCAGACAGCCUUGCUACCCUUGAAAGAGGCAGCCAGAUAUGAUCAGCAGGCUGGGCCCUGUGUUGACAGAGGCACCCAAACCAAGAAGUCCGGGAAAAGUGGGCAGACAAGGCAUCGGACCCAGCACCCAGCACCCAGCACCCCCUGUGGGCUGCCGCCACCAGCAGCAGGCAGCGAGCAGACCGCCCCUCACAUUCGAGACACCUCCCAAGCUCUGGAGAUCACCCAGUAUUUUUUUGAGGCCGUUUCUACCCAGAUGGAAAAGUGGUAUGAAAGGAAGAUUGAGGAGGCACGAAGCCAAGCCAGUCAGAAGGCCCAGCAAGACAAGGCCACCCUGAAGGAACAUAUUAAAAGUUUAGAAGAAGAACUUGCUAAACUAAGGACGAAGGUGCAGAAGGAAAAUUAGGACCUGGGGAGCAGCACAAGAAGGGAUUCCUGGCUUUGCAGCUCUAGAAGAGCUAUGGCCAACAUGUCCGUUAUCGCGCACGUGGCGGACUUGCCUUUGAAAAAACAGUCGAAUUUCUGAAAUGUGCCAGACCCAUGCUUCCCAUGCCCUGAAGUUAUGACGACUUCAACAGUGAGACUGAAACCAGGGGACACUUGCUUAGUUGCAGGUUUCAUUACAAACUCGUAACCUCAGACCAGGGUCAUCUGAGGUUCAAAAGCUCAGAUUAGGUGAGCCACGCUAAGCAACUGUAUUAUGCGUCGAGCCUAAACCCUAAAUUCAGGAUGUAUGAAAUAAGUCAAAAGGAAGAAGAAAAGCAAAUCCCUUGUGAACGCCGGCGGCCGUUCAUGUGGUGCACACCUGCUGGGCCCAGAAAAGAGUAUCUUUCUGUAAGAACUGUGGCUGAGAUGCACACAUCCCCUCUCAAAUUCCUACUUCUCAAAAUGCUGACUUUUUAACCAGAUGAAAACUUAUCAAAUAGAUUUGGAGGAGAAAAAGAUUUUCAUGAUGUCACUAGAUCCAGUAUAUCUUAAAAGAUUUUGCAGAGUCGGUGGGUACUUAAAAUAAUGAGGAAUUGGCUAAUAGCACUGGGAACGUUUGUUAAUAAACUCAAAUGAGAAACAUUCAAA